CUCCGGGUACGGUUCUUCCGUGACGUGUGUUACGCAUAUGGUCCGCGCGCCCUGUUCCCACACCCUUGAAACAGAAGGAAAUUUUUCAACCCGCUGGAGAGUGUUUUGGCUGGCUGGUGUCUUUGUCCUCCUGCGAGGACUCCGACCAACGUGUGUGUGUGUGUGUUUGUGUGUGUCCUGUGCGUGGGAAGAUUGUUACGGGUCAGUCCCGAUGGGCGUGUGAGACCAACUGGGCAAGUGGUUAUAUCAUCAAAGUAAGGCUUCGCGGAUCUUGCUCCGUCCUGAUGUCUCGGGACGGAACCAUCGCGACGACGGCAGUGUCGUAAUCGAUCCAGAAACAAGAGUAAAUUGCGGCGCAAUCGAUUGCCGAGCUUCAGGAGCAAAAGUGGUUAUCAAAAAGCUGUGUUGUGUUGUUCCUGGCGUGGUGAAAUUGAGGAAAAAUCGGGUUUUCCUUCGGUGGAAAAGUCUGUGAAAAGUGGGCUAACGUUCCGCUGACGUAAGGCCACGGUGGAAGCGAUAAAGGAAGAUAAUCGCUUUUUACGAUUUUUUUGCCUGCUCCUACGACGUUGUGUUCCGAACAUGGCAGCAUAAAUUUUAGAACGCGGGUGGAAAAUUCGCGCCUGGGUGUGUGUGUGUGCGUGUGGGUGGGUGGCUUUGUUGUGGUUCGAUACCCCUAUAAAAGAGAAGCAAUAUCUACGUGCGGAUGCAAAAGGUCAAAAGUUUCGUAUGUGUUUUGAUUGGUGCAAGUGAUUAAAACCCACCGGGAUAGUGUGCAGGUAGCGAUUCUCAUUCUAAUCCAGCAAGGAAUACCCAACAACGAAAAAGGCCCACUUUCAACCCUUCACAAUCGGAUAUGUAACGCCGUCGUAAACAGCCAUCCAGAAUAUCAAACCAAAUCGAUAGUGGGUGGUACAAGUGCUAGUUCACAUCCCUUUUACAUCCAUCCUCGCCAAGAAACCAAGAAAGAACACAAACUCGUACGGCGGCGGCCAUGGAUCAGCAUCCGCUGCUGCUGGCGAACGAGAGCAUCCACGACAGCGGAAUCAUCGAGGAUGUCCACCAGGAGUCGGAGUGCGACACCGGAAACGAGGAGUACGGCGACGAGAGCAACCUCGAGUCCAACUUGCGGAGGCGAAAGGGGAAAAUUAUCUCGUGCGUGGAAAAUGCCUCGAGACUGAUCCGGCGGCGAGUGCCUUGCGCAGGACACCUAAUGACUCCCCGACGCCUCUGGCUGAACAAAAUUCCGACCCAGUGCGAUGUGGUGAUUGAAUUUCCAGAGGAUGCACCGGAUGAUGCCCUCCGAUGGCUGCUGAAUAAGAUUAAGACGUCCCCACCGGAAGGCUUAGGAUUGUCGGCAAUGGUGAGAGCACACGACAGUACAAAACGGACGGCGUUCUACGUCACGGCGCCGAUGAAUGUACUGUUCAAGGCGGCCGAGGAGGCACGUCUGCCGAAACGACUCCGGACGGACCUGGGCGGAGCGCUGAAGGAGUUCACCAAGCGGGAAAGUCACUGUUUUGCCCAAACGAAGGACAGCGAAGGUGCGAACACGUUGUUCACCUCCCAGGAGCGCCAGUGGCUUGUACUACAGGUGCUGCAAGGACUCAGGGCAGGAGUUUCGGAUCUGAAGGCCCUGCAAGGACGGGCACAGGUCGAGGAAGGCCAGAGCAUAGUGGCCGCCUGGCAGGAACUGGGCCUGAUAACACAAGUGUUUCCCUUACACGAAACAAGCGCCUUACAGCAGCUACAGUCGAGCUGGGUACGGAAGUUUUUUGCGCCGCAACCGUUAGACGACAUUGCUGCGUACUUUGGAGUGAAAGUGGCUUUAUACUUUGCGUGGCUGGGCCAUUACACGUGUGCACUGUGUGUUCCGGCCGUCCUGGGUACGAUACUGUACGCCGGCCUGUGGGGCCGUGGCCAGACGGCACAGGACAUUGGCCAUGUGAUUUUUUCCCUGUUCAACGUGGCGUGGGCGUCCCUGUAUCUGGAGGCCUGGAGGCGCUACUCGGUCGAGUUGGCCUUCCGGUGGGGCACGCUGUCUACCCCUCCGGAACUGCUCGAACCACCGAGACCACUGUACAAGGGUCCACUGGAGGAAAGUCCCGUCACGGGACGGCUGGAGCCCAGGGAAACGCCGGCCUGGCAGCGACGUGCGUUCCGGUAUCUAGUUAGUUUUCCAAUUAUUGGGCUCUGUUUAGUGCUAGUGUUUGUAGUGAUGUUCCUAAUGUUACGACUACAGGAUUGGCUCGAUCAGCACUCUCCAAAUUCUAACGGUGCCCUCUGGGAUUGCAUGUGCAUGGCGUCAAAGGACUGGUGGGACGAGAAACUCCCCGAGCAGGGCAUUUUCAGCUGUUUGAGUGUGAUACCGAAGGUCCUCCUGGCCGGCGCCAUCACCCUGAUGGACGAGGCGUACUACAAGUUGGCCGUCUGGCUCAACGACAAAGAGAACUAUCGGCUGCAGUCCAAGUACGAGAAUCAUCUUAUCGGCAAGGUGGCCCUGUUUCAGUUUGUCAACAGCUUUCUGUCGCUGUUCUACAUCGCGUUUUAUCUGCGAGAUCAAGAUAAGCUGAAGGAGCAACUGGCUGGUUUGCUCAUAUCGCGCCAGAUUAUCGGGAAUCUCCGAGAGUCCGCAUGGCCGUACCUGGUGGAGCAGUGGAAGCUGGCCAAGCUGAGUUUCAAGCUGUGGGGAGCGUUGAGUCCAACGCAGGAAUUGCCACCCCCAAUGAUUGAGAACAAACAGGUCAAUGAAGGCAAAGGAUCUUCGGAGUGCACCUCUUCUACACCGAAAAGGUCUAUCGGGCAAGCUGAGGUCGAGAGUUCUCUGUACAAAUACGAUGGAACCUUUUCGGACCACCUGGAGAUGCUGGUCCAAAUGGGCUACGUGGUUCUGUUUUCGGCAGCAUUCCCUCUGGCUGGACUGUGCGCCUUGGCUAACAAUUUGCUGGAGAUUCGAUCUGAUGCGUUCAAACUCGCACAUGUACAUCAGAGGCCUUUCGGGCAGAGAGUGGCCAACAUUGGCACCUGGCAGAAUGCCCUCGGAAUGCUCGGGCUGGCAGCUGUGAUCGUAAACUGUGCCCUGAUCGGACUGUCCGGACAGGUCUCGCGACUAUGGCCCGGAUUGACCUCGACACAAACAGUUAUUCUGAUUGUGGCCCUCGAGCACGUGAUGCUUGGUCUGCGAUCAGCUCUAACCUGGCUCCUUCCGGAACUUCCAUCGUGGCUGGCCGCUGAAAUAGCCCGUGCCGAGCACUGUCGUCGAGAGAUGCAAUGCAAGGGCCCCUCUCCCCGGCAGACCCCUCCAUCUCCACCGUCGUCCACAUCCCUCUCGCACCACGAUCACGACUUCAACAGCAACCAGGACAUCUACGACAAAACGGAACAAUCCGUUGGCAGAUUUCACAUCUUCCCUAGUCACGAUAUUCAGGAGAACGAAAUGGAACGGGUCCCGUUGGCGGGCAGCUUGGCGACCAAGCUGGACAAUCUAACCAGUAGCGGCGGCCAUCAAUCCCAAUCGCAAUCCCACCUUCAGCCCCACCAGAAAGAACCUCGCAGCAGCAACGACAACAUCGACAUCUUCGCAACGGAAACACGAGAGGUCACACCGGAUUCACCGAUCUCGCAGACCAGCACAGUAUUAUUACGACCUCUCCAAGACUCUCCCCUUAGUGGUCAAUCAGCACAAACUGUUGCAUUAGAAUCUACACAGAACUCAGGUGCAUGCCCAAUGAAGCCAAGCAUUAAGCUCGCUGCAAUUCCGCCAUUCCGGGGACAGUCGAUGAAGCACAGUUAUAGUAUUUACGAUAAGCGAAGCAUCAACCUCGGUGAAACGAUGAGUCCCCGAGUUUCGUCGCAGCCUAUCCAGAUUCCAGAGAUUCCACCUUUCCGCAAGCAAGCACACUCCACCAUGCACUCGCCCGUCAGCCAGAGCCCCCAGAAUCUGGGCCUGGUGAACGCUUCACCACCUAGAAUAGCGGAAAUUCCGCCCUUCCGGCCUCGCAUCCGGUCCAAGGAGUGGAUGCCCAACAUCGAGCACACCGAACAUCAUCUCACGAUCGGGCCCAGUGGAGGCGCCGAGUGGGCGAAACGUUUGAAGGCGGCCGAUCCUUCCAUUAUUCACAGAAGCACCGACUGUAUUGUAGCGAAGCAACAAGAACUGGCCUCCGGAUCCGACUCGGAGCUGAUGAAGGCAGCCCCCUCGUGGAACAACAUGGCACCCAAAACGGUCGAUCAGCCCGGCACCAGUACGAGCGCACCGUCCGUCAAGGCCCAAACCGAAGAGGAAGCGGCCAAAGCCGCAGCCGAACUGGCCGCGAAAAAGUCCCGCAUCAAGCAGAGUCUGGUCAAGCGGGCCCGAUCGGUGGCGAUCUUCUCGCUGAAGCUGAAGGAGCAACGCGCGAAACGUGCCGAAAAGGCCGCCCAGGAAGCUAGGGACGCCCUUCCACCGCCACCUCCGGGCGGAGAGCUAUCGCUAAUUCCCAUCGAGCAGCUGAUCCAGGUGGACGAUGUCCUGAACCAGCGAAAUCUGAACCACGGCGGGGGUCACAACAACCACCACAGCAGCAGUGCCGGGUCGGGCAGUACGUAAGGUAACUUGCCAGGUUGAUCCUCAACUUUGUACAGCAGAAUGUAAGGCGCACAUGCACUGUAAAAUAAAAAAAAGGGCAGACAAUUACGACCGUUACGCGAUGCGGCGGCGGCUGCUGUUGCCACCAGGUGAUAAUUGCGCGCAAGUGGACGACGAGUUGAAUGGUCCUGUAAAAAUACGAGUAAAGAAUCAAGGGAACGAACCAUUUGAGACAGACAUAUUUUAUCCGUAGCUCUUGUGCAGUAGUGAUUCGGUGUUUACUUUUUAGAGUAGUUAAUUGCAAGCGAGGAGAGUAGCAAGGUUGAUCGCGAGACAUCAGGGAGGAUAUUUUUAAGGGACGAGAUCCUCAACGUAGAAUGGCCGUUACAGCGGAGCGGAAAAGCCCGAGGUCAAUAAGCGCAGAAGAUAUCGAGCGACAAAUACGAAGUUUUGCAAAAGCGGUUUUGGGUGCUUCUAUACAGUAUUAAGAAAGCCAUAGUUGGUAAUGGAUCGAUUCAGUACACACACACAUACACAAAAAAAACAUACACACUCAUGAACAUAACAACACAUUACAGACAGUUUUUGAAACGGAAAGGCGUGAUACUAGUUUUGGGAAUACUUUUACAAAAAAAAUGAUUAGCGCGGUUACGAGGCAAGACUAGCAAAA